CUUUUCACUAACUAGAAUUCCUAGACCUUUUCUUCUUUUUGAUACUCGUCACCAGGCUGGCAGAGAAUCUUCUGUUUACUUAUUUCCUUCUCGAUGCUUCCAUUUGUUCCUGAUCCUUUGGCUACUCCAAAGGCUUUCAAAUCCCCGAGGAUUUGUUUCUAAAUUCAUCUAGAUACCAGCAAAAAUCAGUCCCUGAUAUGCUGCAUCUUUGCUAUCCAUUAUAGGCCUGCGAUCUCCUAUCUUGGCCUACAUUAAAAAUCUAUGUUCAAAGACCCUUGUUGGCACAUAAACUUGUGAUUGAAGCCAUUUCGAAAAGGCAUUUUCGUUUUUCGGACAACUGAAUAAUUCCCGAUGGCCAUUGGCACACGGCUUGGAAUCCAGUGGAUAAUGAACCUGAUCCUUUACCCUUCUCUACUUAAAUACCAUGAUUUUUUCUGCAACAUGCUUCUAGCCCAUGAUGUGCGUCUAACCCAUACAAUACUUGCUAUGCUCUUAUCACUAGACUAAAGCCCCGGGAGCCAUUUCAGAAAGGCUAGUGUUCACAUUGUUGUUUAGGCUGUGGAACAACUUCUAUUUUCUUCUACUUGAUUUAAUUACCCAUCCUUUCUUUCAAUCCCAAGUACAGCUGUAUCGGGGACACAAGGUGUGAUAAAUUAAUAUCAUUGAUCAAAGACUCAAUGCAAUCUUGUGGCCGACAUCGAUUUGAGCUAUCACAGCAGGGGGUGAGUUAGAGAUUUUGUCUGUGAGCUGGACCUUUUAUGCCCAAACACUUGAGAGAUUGAAGCUUUUGUGAUGGAAGAGGGAGAUUCUUCUGUAAGGAGAUGGGAGGACCUUGAUAUUGAUAUCUUGGUGAAGAUACUCCAGUCUUUUGACCUUUUUGAGUUGACUGCUGGACUUGCUCAUGUUUGUAGUUCAUGGCGAUUGGCUUGUUCUGAUCAACUUCUCUGGAUGACACUGGACUUGUCGGUAUUAAAAUCAAAUUUCAUCAAAAUCCCGUUAGAGCCGUACGUAUAUGUGGAUUGUCAGUCUGAUAAAACAUUGACCAGCCUCCUGAAGAUUUGUUUGAACCUCAGUAGUGGAAACAUACGAACAUUAAUCUUCCAUUAUAAUUUGUAUGUCAGCGACGAUCAGUUGACUUAUACUGCCGAGAGGUGUCCACAUCUAAAACGUCUUGUUAUGCCUGCUUGGAACAGAAUAAAAAAGACAGGAAUAUGCAGGGCUAUUCAUAUGUGGGAAGAUCUUGAAUCACUGACGAUGCCUAGUAUAGCAAAUCCUCCGUAUGUCAUGGAGGAAAUUGCAAGGAGUUGCAAAAAUUUCGCUGAGCUCAAGAUUAUGGGGCCCUGUGAUAUGCUCUUUGCAUCUACACUGGUUUCAUUUCUUCCAAACUUGAAAGUGUUGAGUGUGAGGUGCACAGUGUUAUCUAAAAGUGCCUUGUUUAUUAUCUUGGAUGGGUUAAAAAAGUUGGAAGUGCUCAACAUAUCUCAUUGCGUAAUUACUGAAGACCCUCCACCUGCACCAAAGAAAAUUCUGGCCAAGCUUGAUGAAUCAAUUAUCAAAAAAGCGUCUAGGUUACACAAAUUCCUAACCUGCAUGAGUGACUCGUGCAUCAUGUGUCAGCGCACUCGAAAUGAUGAAGGGCUGAUGAGGUGGUAUAAGUAUGAAGAAGACCUCUGGAAAGUGGACGAGGUGAGAUCUCUUGCAAUUUGACAACUUUAAGAAUGUAUUGCUUCAUGAGUUAAAGGUCCAGUAAAAUAUGUAAACUUGUGUAUAUGAAACACAAUAAAACCUUGUCAUUUUGAAUGGACGCCAAUCAGCAUCCAGUUUGCUAGCAGCACGUAUUAUCCUUUUGGUGGUAAAAGGGAGAGUAGCUUUGUAGCAUAGGGAGACAUAUAAACAGUACUUCCAUGUAGCGUAAUGCUACUUCUGUGUUGUAAUUUUAUAAGUUUUAAGUCUUUCUCUUUGACAGUCUUGUAUCCAUUUACAUAUGUAUUGCCAAGCGUUGUAAGCUCUCCUCUA